AUGCCCAAACCCACCGCCCCCCCUCCCACCAGCACCCCCAGCACCACCCCCGCCCCCCCCCGCCCCCCCCGCCCCCCCCCGCCCCCUCCGCCCCCGACAUCGACAUCCUCCCCCCCACGGCCCUCAUCCACCCGCCCCUCCUUCACGCACUUCCGCGACGACCCGUUCUCGUUCCUGCGCGAGAUCUCGCUGCACUACAGCGGCACGGGCUGGCGCGCCUACGACGACCCCAUCGGGCAGAAGGUGUUCUACAAGGGCUUCAGCGAGGAGAUGAAGGCGCGCGUGCUGCGCAGCCCGAUGCUGGUGCGCAAGUUGAGGGAGCUGGCGGAGAGACGGGUGGCGGUGGAGGAGGGGAUGGGCGUGUUUGAGGGCGAUGGCAGCGGGAGGAGGGAGAAGAGGAGGAGGGAGGUGGAGGCGCAACUGGGGGAGGUGACGGAGAGGAUUGUGGAUGGCAUGAUUUGUAAGUUUGAGAGUAAGGGCUUUAUUAGGGGCGCCUACUUCCUCGUCGUCCAGCUCCUCGCCCGUGCCUACCACCAAGGCAUCCACGUCUCCACCCACGAGAUCCACCACCUCCGCCACAUCGCCACGCUCGCCGCCCCCCGCCACCAAUCCCUCAUCUUCCUCCCCUGCCACCGCUCGCACAUCGACUACGUCUCGCUGCAAGUAAUCUGCUACCGCCUCGGCCUCACCCUCCCCGUCGUCGUCGCCGGCGACAACCUCAACUUCCCGCUCGUAGGCCCCUUCCUCCAACACGCCGGCGCAAUGUACAUCCGCCGCACCUUCGCCGGCGACGAGGUCUACACGGCCACCGUGCAGGCCUACAUCGACACGCUGCUGACGCAGGGCUACAACUUCGAGUGCUUCAUCGAGGGCGGCCGCUCCCGCACGGGCAAGCUGCUGCCCCCCAAGUUCGGCAUCCUCAGCUUCAUACUGGACUCGAUACUCAGCGGCCGCGUCAAGGACGCAUACGUGAUCCCCGUCAGCACGCAGUACGACAAGGUCAUCGAGACCGAGGCCUACGUCAGCGAGCUGCUCGGCAUCCCGAAGGUCAAGGAGAACCUGUGGGACUUUCUGGGCAGCUCAAAGUUCCUCAACCUGAACAUGGGCCGCGUGGACGUGCGCUUCCACGAGCCGUGGUCGCUGCGCGACUUUGUCGAGUCGCAGAUCGUGAAGGCGGCCGGCGCGGCGGGGGCAGCGGCAGCGGAGGUGGACCGCGAUGCGCCGGAGGUGCGGCUCAAGGUGCUCCGGUCGCUGGGCUACAAGGUGCUCGGCGACAUCAACCGCGUGUCGGUGGUCAUGCCGACGUCGCUGAUCGGCACGAUCCUGCUGACGCUGCGCGGGCGCGGCGUGGGCAUGACGGAGCUUGUGCGGCGCAUCGAGUGGCUGCGGGGGCGGAUCCGGGCCAAGGGCGGGCGCGUGGCGGACUUUGGCGCGCUGGAGACGGAGAUGGUGGUGGAGCGCGGGCUGGAGGUGCUGGGCGGGCUGGUGGGGCGCGUGGAUGGGCUGGCGGAGGAGACGUUCUAUGCCGUGGACAGGUUCCAGUUGUCGUUUUAUCGCAAUAUGGUCAUACACUUGUUUAUCUCGGAGACGAUUGUGGCGGCCGCCAUGUAUACCCGUGUCAAGCAGGGCGGCGGGCCCUCGAAUCAGCGCGUCGAGUAUGGGAAUCUGAUGGAGCAGGUGGCGUUCCUGUCGCUGCUGUUCCGCGGCGAGUUUGUGUUUCCGACGGAGGGCAUCCGCACGAACCUCGAGAAGACGGUGCGCGGGCUGCAGGACGACGGCGUCAUCACUGUCGGCGCCGCCACCACCACCGCUGCUACCACCGCUGACGGCGCUGCUGCGGCUGCGGGAAUCGGGUACGUGGAGCUCAGCGAGCAGGAGCGCAGGUGUGGACGAGAGAACUUCGACUUCUACUGCUUCCUCAUCUGGCCGUUCAUUGAGAGCAGCUGGCUAGCGGGCGUGGCCAUCAUCGGCCUGACGCCGCCGCCGGGCAUGGACGAUGUGUGGGUGGGCCUCACGCAGGCGCAGGAUAUGGCGCAGCUCAUGGGCAAGACGCUCUACCACCAGGGCGACCUGAGCUACUUCGAGGCCGUCAACAAGGAGACGCUCAAGAACGCGUUCCAGCGCUUCCAGGAGGAGGGCGUGCUGCUGGUGCGCGGGUCGAAGGCCGCCGCGCGCUGCCAUAUCUCGCCGGAGUGGAUGCCGGGGUGGGGCGCUGAGGGGCGGAUUGAGGAGGGCGGGCGCCUGUGGGCGUUUGUGGAGCGCAUUGCGGUGUCGAGGAGGGAGGGGAAGAAUCGCAGGGAUAAUGCGAGCGUGUCGACGCGGGUCCUCGGGCUGGCGGCGAGGUGCGGGAGGGAGCUGUUUGUGAGGGGGAGGGAGGAGGGGGUGGUGGUGGGGGAGGAGGGGGUGAGGAGGGGGAGGAGGAGGGGGAGGGCGAAGUUGUAG